AUGCGGUUGGUGACCCACUCCUUGGAAUCGGGGCGAGGACGGUGCCCGUACAGCCCCCAUGAACCCUUCACGGGGCUCCUCAUAGACGGGGAGCUGUACUCAGGCACCUCCAGCGACUUCAUGGGCAGCAGCGCUGCCUUCUUCCGCACCUGGGUCCAUGGGGCUGAGCAGAGCUACAUCCGCACGGAGCAGAACCAGGACCACUGGCUACACGAGCCCGCGUUUGUCGGUGCCUAUGCCAUCCCUGAUACCUACAACCCACACGAUGACAAGGUCUACAUCUUCUUCCGCGAGACAGCCAUGGAAGCCGGGCAGUGGGAGAGGCGGCACAUCCACGCCAGGGUAGCCCGGGUCUGCAAGAAUGACGUGGGAGGGAAGCGCGGACUCAUCAACCGCUGGAGCACCUUCCUCAAGGCACGCCUGGUGUGCUCCAUCCCUGGGCCCCAGGGCACCGAGACCCACUUCGACCAGCUGGAGGAUGUUUUCCUCCUGCGCACCCGGGACCCCCAGAACCCCCUGGUCUUUGGUCUCUUCACCUGCCCCAGCGAGACGUACGACCCCCUCCUGCGGUCCACCAAGGACUUUCCCGACGAGGUGAUCAGCUUCAUGCGCAGCCACCAGCUGAUGUGGGAGCCCGUGUACCCCCAGGGCCGCCAGCCCGUCCUGGUGCGAAAAAACCGGCUACGGCGGCUUCUCGUGCACCGGCUGGAGACGGAGAGCCGGCACUACGACCUGCUCUUCCUCGGCACAGAUGAUGGCAGAGUCCUGAAGGUGGGACUGGCCGUGGGUUUGAGCCGCAGCCCUGAGUUGAUCAGCCUGGAGGAGAUCAGCGUCACUAAGGUGCCUUCUCCCAUCCUGGACAUGAAGUUAUCACCGAAGCGGCAGGAGCUGUUUGUGAGCAGCACCCAUGGGCUGCUCCAGCUCUCCCUGUACCGCUGCGAGCUCUACGGCAAAACCUGCACGGACUGCUGCCUGGCCAGGGACCCCUACUGCACCUGGGACGGCCGGACCUGUGCCCCCCACCUGCUCACUGAGAAGAGGCGUGCCCGCUGCCAGGACGUGCUGAAGGCUGACCCGCGCAGCCAGUGCCAGGACACUGCCGAGGGGACGGCUGUCACGGAGAAGCUGGUUUUUGGGGUGGAGAAGAACUCGACCUUCCUGGAGUGCCUGGCGCGCUCCCCACAGACAACGGUGCGGUGGCUGGUGCGGCACGGCGAGGAGACCAGCCUGAGCGAGGUGAGGACCAAUGGCCGCUUCUCAGUGCUGGAGCCAGGCCUGCUGAUCCGGCAGCUGGCGAGGGAGGACACGGGCACCUACGAGUGCCAGGCGGUGGAGCGCUCCUUCUCCCGGCCCCUCACCCGGUACA